AUGUACGGUGACUCAUACUGGCAUGUCUUUCUUUGGCUGGGCCAGGCACCAAUCGACUUCUUCUUUUAUGGGAAAGUUGGGGAUGUGGUGUACGGCCUGAAGGUCCAGGAGCCUGGAUACAAACCGUAUCAUAUCAAAGUGCUCUUCCUGCGGAGCGAUUGCUUUGGAUCGCCCACCCACCGGAAAC